UGGUGAGAUUGGGAGCAUUAACACAUCUUGUACAAGCUUCACGAUGAGAAGAGCGAUCAUUUUUCUUCUGCUUCUGGCUGAGGCUCAGAAUUCACUCGGCGAACUGAGGAGUCUGGAGAAGAAACAAGAGAAAAGUGAGAAAGUUCUCAUUCGAUCCAAGAGAAGAUGGGUGCUGUCUACCUUUGAACUGGAUGAGGAAAGUGAUGGACCUUUUCCACAAUUUUUCACAGAGUUGCACAACGAUCAACACCUGAACACUUCCCACAAAUUCCGCAUCAGUGGCCAGGUGUGUUAGAGGAGCCAAAGAAUAUCUUCGAUCUUCGAGACAUGACUGGUGAAAUCUACAUUCACAAGUCCAUAGACCGAGAAUUAUACCCCAUUUUAAAAGUACAGUUUGAUGUGCUGGACAACAAAACAAUUUGCUGACAAAACAUUGGCUUUCGAUGUAAUCAUAAGAGACAAGAAUGACAAUCCCCCUCUUUUCACACCCAAUGUUUUAAAUGUAAGAGUUCCAGAGAAUAUAAAAGAAGGUCUGCUUCCAUUUUCACUGCACGCGAGCGACAAAGACGAGCUGGACAAUGACAACUCUCGUAUCUCUUUAAGCAUCGUGUCCCAGGACCCACCACUGCCCAAAGUUUUCAUCGAAUCCUUCUCCGCCGUACAAAACACCAUCACCGCAACGUUCGCCUUCACCGGCUGCUUCGAUUUCGAUAAAGUAAAGACUUAUCAAAUCCUCGUCGAAGCACGAGAUCACGGAACGCCACAACAAUCAUCCACUGCGACGGUUUUCCUCCUCAUCACUGAUUCCAACACUCAUGCACCAGUUCUUACUGCUAAGAAGCACAAUGCUCAGGUUAUGGAGAUGGCAACCAAUAAAGAAAUUCUGAGGAUUCCUGUUGAAGAUCAGGACACACCAAAUACUCCAGGAUCCAAUGCAGUGUUCACUAUUCUGAAGGGAAAUGAGGAUGGAAACUACAAGAUUGAGACAGACCCAGUAACCAACGAAGGAGUGCUGAGUGUCAUCAAGGGAAAGGAUUAUGAGAGAACGACUUUAGCCGAACUGGAAAUCGGUGUGGAGAAUGAAGAGCCGUUGUUUGUAUGCAAUAAUUGGAAGCCGGUCAGUCCAGUACCAAAAGAUGUAAAAGUUGGCGGCACUGCUAAAGUCGCUGUCAAAAUUGUUGAUGUGAACGACCCCCCCGUGUUUAAGAAUAAGAUUCAGAAGGUUUUCAAGGUUGAGGAAGAAGAUCCAGGGGAAGUGUUGUACAUGCCCAUAAUCACAGAUGAGGAUUCAGACCCAAGUAAAAUCAGGUAUGAGCUAGUAGAAGAUCCGGCUAAUUGGAUGUCUAUGGACCCAAAGACAGGCAGUAUUUCCCUGGUCAAGAAGAUGGACCGGGAGUCACCGUAUGUCCGCAACAGCACCUACACUGUUGUGAUGCGAGCAAUUGAUGAUGGGGAGCCUCCUGCCACAGGUACAGGAACUCUGGUGAUACGUCUAAGUGAUAAGAAUGAUAAUACACCACAUCUGGUCUCCAACACGUUAGUGAUGUGCGGGAACAAAGUUGACCAGGUGAAAGUGACUGCCGAGGAUGCGGACGUGUUUCCGUUUAGUGGACCUUUCACCUUUACAUUUGGCAAAGAAGAUCAGGAGCUGAUGAGCCAGUGGAAGCUUGACACAAACAUAAAGUCUGAAACUUUUUUGAUUUGCCGGAAGCCUCUGCCAUAUUUGAACUACACAGUUCCACUGAAGAUUGUAGAUCUACAAGGGGGAGUAGGAUACGACGACUUGCAUGUGGUGUUGUGUGACUGCGGUGAAGGAGACGGGUGCUUGCAAUCUCCUCGAACUUCCAGGCUCCAAGUAGCAGCAAUAGUAGUUAUACUGGGAGCGAUACUGUUGAUGACUGUGCUGCUCUGCUUUACUUUCUUCUGCGAAAAAAAUAAGAAACAAUUCACAGCAUAUGAAGAUGAUGGAAAUAUCCAAAGCCUGAUAAAAUUUAAUGAGGAAGGACAAGGUUCUUUUGACAAGGAUUUUUAUGAAAAAUGGGAACUACAGGUGAAACCUAAACACCCUGUAAAAUCUUUUCAGCCGGACGAUGCUGUUUAUCUAAAAAACUUGAUGACAGACACUGUCAUCAACAUGAAGCCUGCAACAUAUUUUCAUCCGAACGCAACAUUUAUCUAAACAACUUGAAGACAGAUGCUGUUAAGGACACCAAGGUCACAUAUGGAUUUGGAGACAGACUUGACUCAUGUUACUCCUACAGAAUGAACAAACUGGUUCCUAGUAACGGAUUCAACGAAUAUUCUAUUGUCUCCGAUUGCAAUAUUUUCCCUAAGCAGGUGAUCCCUAAAGAGUGUGAUUAUAAAUCUUUAAACUAUACAAAACACUGGAGAGUGAGAACUAACAUGAGCACUGGAAUGUGUGAUUAUGAGUCAUGUUCUUUCUACAGUAUAACUAUUGUGUGUUGUGUCCUGUCAGGCAUGGAGUAGAAAUGAGCGGACUGAGCAGCACUCUUCACACUCUAAUCACUGUACAGGUGCACAAUCUAGAAAAGAAGGAGCAGCAGGACUUUCUGGAAUUCACAAAAGAUUAUAGCUGUGAAAGAACUGACCUCAGCACCCUCGACAUCGAUUCACUAGACCUCUGCUGCUUUGAUGAGGAUUUGGACUUUUUGGAAGAUUUGGGUCCCAAAUUUAACACUCUGGGUGAAAUCUGUCAACAAACCAUACAAGAGAAGAAGAUCAUUUUUAAAUAGAAGUUGCUUUUCACUCGGAUCUUACACAUUUUGAAGCAGUUUUCCUUACAUUCAUCAUGUUUUGUGGAUAAUACGCCAUACUCAAGAAAACUGGAGGAUUUUAUAAUUAUUUAGGAACUAUACAUGUUGUUUUAUGAAACAGUUCCACAAAAGCAGCAAAUGCUAAUUCAGCAUUGAUGUUUGCAAUGAGGUAGAAAGUAUUGUAUAAGCAAAAGAACAUUUUUCUACAAGUGUUGGAUCUGCCAGGCAAAUGAAAUUGCUGUUUUAUAAUGCAGUAAUCACUAAUAUACAUGAAUUCCUCUUAGAACACUUUAAUUAUUUCCACUAUAUGUCAGUUGUUAGUAUUAUGCUGUGUUACUGAAAGUCAGGGGAGAAGAUGAAGCUUGGUAGAAGUAUAGUAGGUCAGAUCCUCAGGGGAACAGCACCUGGUCUACCCCUAUACUGAAGACUGCAACUACAAGAAGAUCUUUUGUGGAUGUUUGGAAAUCUUUGUUGAUUUUCAUGUUUAAUAUAAAGUAGACUUUUUGGAUAACAGUAAACUUCAAGUCACCCCAACAUCAAUGGUUUUCUGGUCUCUACUGUGGAUUUACUUCACUGUCUUCACAUAUCCGUAUGAAGGAGUCUUCAAACGGAUGCAGAAGGUUGCAUUGCUGCCUCACAGUACCAGGUUCAAACCUGAUCUCAGUUUACUUUUUUUUUACAUUUAUGGCAUUUGGCAGAUGCCCUUACAAUUAUCUCAAUUAUCUGAGUAGUUCAGAUGAUUCCUCACUCAUUGUCUGAGAACUCAUACCUCAUUCACAGCCGGCACUUCAGAAUCAGAAUCAGGUUUAAUGGCCAAGUGUGUUUACACACACAAGAAAUUUGGUUCCAGCUGUUACUCUCCAGCUGUUACUCUGACUCUCAAUGUACAGACAUAAAUAAAACUAUUCCUUCAACUUGGACUACACAAGACAAAACAGACAAGAUGAGACAAAAACAGACAAUGUGAGACAAUAUGUGAGACACUUGAUCACGCCCUCACCCCCACCCCCAAAUACGCUUCAGAACCAUAUGUAUUGUUAAAUGUAUUAGGACUUUCAUGCUGUAA